UUGACGGACGCUGAAAUCGUCGAGAAAACCGAACUUCUAACUCAGGUCAGUCAGUUGCUCCAUCAUCACUUCGUGUCUUUCGUUCAUCAGCCACUUGAGAGCAGGCACAGUUGUUCGUGA